AUGGAGACGAUAUCGCUGUCGGAUAAGGUCGACGGGCAAGGCGCGUCUGCGACGGACGACGACGAUGGCGACGGCGACGGCGACGGCGACGGCGACGGCGACUCGCAGGCGACGUCGCAGCUGACGACGGAGAAGCAGCCGACGGAGGCGAGCGAUUUCGACGACAAGUCGGACGACGAAAUGGAGGCGAAGCCCGGAGGAGAGAGAGUGCUGAGCGCGGAGGAAGUGGAGCGCGUGCGAAUGAUGCUGACCAUCGUGGGCGACCGUGAGCGACGGGAGCUGGAGGCCAAGUACCCGGAGCUGAAGCAGCAGCCGCUAGCGCGCGACGCGAGCGGCAAGGAGGAGGGCGACGACGACGACGACUCGCCGCCGCGACUCAUCCUGGAGGCGACGCUGGGCGACAAUCCCUUCAUGCUCGACUUCGGCAUCCGCAGCUGCGCCUUCUCCUACAGCCACUUCGUCGGCAUGCGACGAAUCAAAGCCUUCUCCGAGCCCGACGCCUCCGCGCGCUCGUACAUCGCGUCCACGUCAGCAAAGAUUCGCGGCAACGCGGUGGCGAUUAAAGACAAGCUCGAGGAGAACUGGCCGAAGCUGCAGGCGUCGCUCGCAGCCGCCAUCGGCGAGUCACUGACUGCCACGUGGCAGUGGGUGAAGGAACACAAACCGACGGGGUUGCCGAUUCCGGGCGUGCCGAAACCAGAAGAGGGAGCUGCGGAAAAAGGGGAGGGGGAGGGGGAAGCAGGGAAGGAGAAUGGAGUAGUUGGGGGGGCGGUGGCCGAAGGAGGGGAAGCACCAACGGAGGGGAAGGUUGGUCAGACAGAAAGCGAGGACGCAUCGAGAGAGGGGGCGGAAGGGAGAAGCACAGAAGGCGUAGAGGAGGUUACGAUCGUUACAGAUGAAAGCGGGGAAGGGGAGACGAAAGCGGGAGAAGCGAAGCAAGGAGAAGGAGCGAGCGAAGAAAUUCGCGUAGAGGAGAGAAGGGAGGAAGUGUUGGACGAGCGGGAGAGGGCGAGGCGGGCCAAGGAGGAGGAGCGGCAGGUGAAGGAGGAGGCGGCGCGGAAGGAGGAGGAGGCGCGGCGGGAGUUAGAGGCGCUGGUGGCGCGCAUGGAGAAGUGGGAGAUCCUCUUCCGCAACCCCUCCCUCGCCAGCGCGCCCGCGCAGACCCUCCAGUUCGCCUGCAACGCCGCAGGUUUCACGCCCCCAACCUGGUCCCCCAACCCCACCCAUUCUCUAACCCCCAACCAUUCCCCCCACCCACAACCAUGUCCCCGUCCCCCAACCAUGCCCACCACCCCGUUUCUCCCCACCACUCCCGCCGUCCCCCCUCGCCUUCAGCGCAGCCUGGCCCUGCGCAGCCUGGCCCUCGUGCACCAGAAGCUCGCCACGUGGCAGCAGGUGGUUGUCUCCCCCGCUGUGCUGCUGGACGCCUCGCUGGCCGUGAUUGUAGCGAACGGAGGAACAGUGCCCGAGAACAAGGGCUACCAGCCGUCCUUCCCGUUAGAAGCACAGAAGAGCGACAGGGGAGGGGGGAAAGGGGACGAGAGCGCGGGGAAGGAGGGGCAAGAAGGGGAGGGGCAGGGGAGUGCGAUACGGUGGGGAUCAGCGGUGAUCAGAGGGCACUACCUGCCCAAGAGAAUAGGGGAGUCGCUGCUGCUGUCACCACAAAACUUCAUGGCGCUGGCGGUGACUCUGCCUGCUCGCCUGCGCACGUCCCCCUGGAGAUUGCUCUACUCCACUGCCAGGGAUGGCAUCAGUAUGGCAACACUGUUUCGGAAGAUCAAGGGCAAGGGCGCAUGUCUGCUGGUCGUGCGUGACUCAAAUAAAUACAUGUUUGGGUGUUUCACCAACGAGGAGUGGCGCCCCAUGGACCGCUACUACGGCAACGGGGAGUGCUUCGUCUUCCAGGUGCAGCCGGAGUGUGUGGCGUACAGGUGGGCGCGCACCAACAGCUACUUCAUGCUCUCCAGCAAUGCCAUGCUCGCCGUGGGGGGCGGCAACCACCACAGCCUGCUGCUCUACGCUGACCUCCUCACAGGCGCCAGUGCGCCGUGUGACACCUUUGGCAGCGCCAUCCUUGCCAGUUCGGAGGAGUUUGAGGUGGCACAGGUGGAGGUGUGGGGCUUUAAGUGA